AUGCUCCCUCUGCCGACAACAUCCCCCCCCCUCUUCCAGCCCUUCACCAUCAAGGACCUAACUAUCCCCAACCGCAUCGUCGUCACCCCCAUGUGCAUAUACUCCUCUUUGGAUGGACUCUUCACUAACUUUCAUCUCGCUAGUAUUGGAUCCUUUGCAAUCAAUGGAGUGGGUCUGAUUAUCCAGGAGGCCACAGCUGUGCUACCUAAUGGACGGAUUACUCCUGGGUGUGCGGGUCUGUGGGAUGAUGCGCAAGUGUUCAAGUUGAAGGAGAUUGUAGACUUUGUGCACAUCCAGGGAGGCAAGGUUGGCAUUCAGCUUGCCCAUGCCGGUCGCAAGCCCGAAGACGUGAUCGCCCCCUCAGGCGGCGCACAUCUCCAAUGGGACAAGCACCACCGUGCCCCCUGCGAGUUGUCCUUCGCCGAGAUUCAACAGGUCAUUGACGCCUUUGGUGCUGCUGCCGCCCGUGCAGCCCGCGCAGGAAUGGACACUGUCGAGAUCCAUGGUGCACACGGAUACCUUAUCCAUAACUUCUUGUCUCCCCUCACCAACCAGCGUACAGACCAUUAUGGUGGCUCUCUUGAGAACCGGGCUCGGUUCUUGUUGGAGGUAGUCGAGGCUGUGAGGGCUAACUUCCCAGCUGAGAAGCCUAUCUUCUUGAGAGUCUCGGCUUCGGAUUUGGUGGAGGUUGAAGGGAUUGAGGACUCGUGGGAGGCUGAGCAUACGAUUCAGAUUGCCAAGUGGGUCCGUGAUGCUGGUGUUGAUGUCCUUCACGUCUCCUCGGGCGGCAACACUUCCCAGCAAAAGAUCCUCACCUCUCCCGGGUACCAGGUUCCUUUCGCCGAGCAGAUCAAUUGUGCGGUCCCAGGGUUGGCAGUUGUUGCGGCCGGGUUUAUCUUGGAUGGUCCUCAGGCGGAGGAGGUGUUGAAGAGUGAGAAGGCAGAUUUUGUGGCUGCUGGAAGGACAUUCUGGAGACAUCCCAACUUUGCGUUGGGUGCUGCUAGGGAGUUGAAUGUCAAGGCUGCGUUCUCGCAGCAGUACUCUCGUGGCCGUACUAUUCACAGUUAA